AUGAAUUGGGAAGAUGGUCCAGAUGGGAAGAAGUGCUUCAAUAUAUUGGGCUUAAGUUACAAUGACUUGCCGUAUCUGUUAAAACCAUAUUUUCUAUACAUCGCUGCAUUUCCAGAGGACUCCAUUAUCUCUGCUUCCAAAUUAGUGAGGUUGUGGGUCGCCGAAGGUUUCAUACCGGAGGAGCAGAGAAGGACAAUGGAAGAAAUUGCUAGAGUUUGGUUGGAUAAUUUGGUCCAGAGGUGCAUGAUCCAGGUUGUCGAGAGAAGCAAGGCUGGCGGGCAGGUUAAGAGCAUACGCAUCCAUGAUCUGUUACGGGAAUUUGGCCAAUCGGAAGCCAGAAGGGAUGGAUUUCUUCAAAUUUGCAGCAGUGACAACAUGGCAGUAUCUAUAUGGAGUCAUCGUGCGGCUUUCCACAAUCGUAUAAAUGACGAGGUUGCUGUUUCCUCACCACAUCUCCGCACUCUGCUGGGCUUCAAUUUGAUUUUGACUAAUGGGAGAAGAUUUUUGAAUGGGUUAAACUUAUUAAGGGUGCUGGAUCUCGAGGGCACAAGAGAUCUUAAGGAGUUACCGAAACAGAUCGGCAGCAUGAUUCAUCUACGAUAUCUGGGAUUGAGAAACACUAGUUUGAAGAGACUGCCAUCCUCCAUCCGACAUCUCCUGAAUCUGCAGACUCUGGAUGUGAGUGGUACAUACAUUUAUUGGCUUCCGAAAUCAUUUUGGAAAAUCCGGACACUGAGGCACGUAUAUAUUAAUCUAUACAUGUUUCUAAGCGCACCGAUAGGUGGUGAUCACAAAAACUUGCAGACUCUGCAAAUCGAGGAGUCUGAAUUUGGUCUGGAUGCUAUGGAUAUUGUCCGUUUACGAGGCAUAAGAUUCAUCAAAAAAUCGGUUACUACACCAAGCUUUACUAUGGAGGAGAUUCACAAAGCAGUUGAUAGAAUGUUUGAGGAGUCACUCGAAAAAGCACUCAAGCAAAUGGACAACCUCGUCUCGUUGUCUCUGAUUUUGCUCGAACGUAUAAUCCCUGGGGAUGUCCUUUUUGCUCAGACACCAAACCUGUACCAGCUCCGUUCAUUGACAUUAUGGGGACGGUUGUUACUCAAACAACAGCAGCAGUGCCCAGAUAGCAGUCAAUUCCCGCCAAACCUCACCAAGCUCGUAUUAAUUCAUUCUGAAUUCGAGCAAGACCCAAUGCCGGUGCUGGACAAGCUACCAAACCUCAGGCUUCUUCAACUAAAUGCAUAUGCAUACAAAGGGAAGAGCAUGUCAUGUUCUUCUACUAGAGGCUUUCCUCAACUACAACAAUUGGUAUUAUUUGGUGUCCAUAGUUUAGAGGAAUGGAGAGUGAAGGCUGGGGCGAUGCCUAGCCUAACCCACUUAACUAUCGCAAAAUGCGAGAAGUUGAAGAUGCUUCCUGAGGGAUUGCAGCACGUGACCACACUUCGAGAACUGGACCUGAGAGAUAUGUCCUAUGAGUUCAACAAAAGGGUCAGAAAUGAGGAUGCGUACAAGGUCCGACACAUCCCCUCCAUUCAUUUUGACUUGCCGAACGAAAUUGAAUUCAUGUAA